GUGUAUAUAGAAUAAGAAGCCCCCAAAGCAUUACCGAUUCCUGCUGUCCCCAUCUCUAUGACCUCGGACCAUGCUAAACUACUUAACACUACCGCUCUACCCUCCCAUCUUACCAUCGUGGUUACUGGCCGCUUAGAGCAAUAUAUAUAAUAGACUCUGUUCAUACCCGUGCUUGUCGUGUUCGACACGAGGACCCUUCCCAAGUCAUCGCCAUCCAUAGCCUCAUCGUGUGAGGUCGUAUGUUAGAAGAGCUAUAGGAUUGGAAGAAGAAGGCAUCACGAAUUCGUGUGGCGCGACAACUCACCUCGACCAUUGCCCAAGCUUUGCGACUUAUAUAAAUCUCAUUACUCCACCGGCCGUCUUAGUGACACUCCUUUCGAACGUCACAUUACCAGCUCAACUAAGUCGAUACUCGGUUCCAUAUAGAUCUUAUCGGGUCUUGAUAUGGUAUAAUUCCAGACGAAUCGUGAGCAUACCGGCCGGGAUUCUUCUUACAAUUCACCACCAAUCUGUCCCCGGAAUCGCCGGCAACGUAAAAUUAUAAUGGCCAUGGUUGGCGACCAAGCUUACGAUAUGUUCCCUCGACACGAGCACGAUUUCAGGCUUUACCCCGAAGCCCACCCCCAGACGGGCUACACUUCGCCGACACUGGAGAUGCACAUGAGUCCAGGCGCUUUUAACAUUCCCCGGAGCGUCCAGGAAGACUACCGUCCAGUUUCAGGAUACGAAGCUGGCUCCAUAUACCCGGAAACGCAUCUCAUGUACAGCAAUAACCACAACAGAGCUUCCCCUAGUAUGUUCCCAGAUGAUUACGAGAUGCCAGCCUCAAGCCUCUCAACUGCUUCGGCUCCCUCAGAAACGGCGUCUUCAACUGUCGGGUCGCCUAACUCAAACCACGGCCAAUUAGCUUUCUUCCCCGAGUACCAGCAGAGUGGUCUCGGUGUGAACCCGGGAAUUGUCGACUCGAGCAACUACUUUACAGGAACGGAGUACUCUACCUAUCCAGGUAUGGAUGAAUUUAACAUGGCUUUUGUUGACAAUAAGGCUAUUGAUCCUUCACUAAUACGCGGAACGAUGGCCCCACCGAUGCAGGGGUACGACAACUUCUCCCCUCAAAACCCUUAUCCUAACUCUCCUGCUCUCUCUGGUACUGCCUCACCUGCGCCAGCCAUGCGCAACGGCAGCCAGUCUCCCUACAUGCACGCCUUUCAGCAAUACAGCCCUUUCCAGGCACCCCCUGCUGCGCCGGCUAGGCGACAGUCUCUAUCAUCUUACCAAUCACACGGGUCGCACGAGUACGCGUACAACAGCGACGAAUCGGAGAAGAAGCAAAGAUGCCCACACCCAGACUGUGGGAAGGUCUUUAAAGACCUUAAGGCGCACAUGUUGACCCACCAGAAUGAGAGGCCAGAGAAGUGCCCUAUUCAAACAUGUGAUUACCACGUCAAGGGUUUCGCGCGGAAAUAUGACAAGAACCGACAUACUUUGACCCAUUACAAGGGUACCAUGGUAUGCGGAUUUUGUCCUGGGUCAGGCUCGGCCGCCGAGAAGUCCUUCAACCGGGCUGAUGUCUUUAAGCGGCAUCUGACCUCUGUACAUGGCGUCGAGCAGACCGCCCCUAACAGCAGGAAGAAGGCAGCAAACUCGGUGAACAGCGGCAAGAAGUUAACUGGCUAUGCGCCAGAUGCCACAGGCAAGUGCUCGACGUGCUCAGCCACGUUCGAGAAUGCCCAGGACUUCUAUGAACAUUUGGACGAUUGUGUCUUGCGCAUCGUCCAGCAAGAAGACCCCGCAGAGGCCAUCAACGCAAAGCGGUUGGCCGAGGUGGAACAUGAUGAGGAGGUUCACCAAACGCUUGAGAAAAACCAACUGCCUCUCACCACACAAAGCGUCCCUAACUCCGAUGACGAGGAGGAUGAGGAUAUGGCUGAAGAUGACGAGGCCGGGGAUGAUGAACACAAGCCGAGGAAGUUGACCUCUCCCACAACAAGGAAGAAGGGGAACCCGCCCAACGGUGUUCAAAAGUCACGGGGCAUGACACAUUCGCGAGGCGGCGUACAGCUAUCGGGCAAGAGCAAGAGCCGCAAGAACCGACGCGAAUACCCAUCUUCAUGGGGCUUUGAUAAGGGCCAGAUGACCAUGAAGAAGCGGGUCAUGACAGUAUUCGACGGCCCCCGCCGACUAGCUAAAGACGACAUGAUGCUUUCGACAGAGCACGAGAUCCGCCUAAGGCUUUCCGACGAAAAGUCAUACGUAACAGACCUCGACGUCCAGACGCUGAAGCGAGCCAACGGCUUCCUCAACGCCACAGAGGAAGAGAAGGGAAUAUGGAUUUCAGAUGAUCCUACCGAGGACGACAGGAAGCGCAUGGAGUAUAGCCAUUAGAGCUGAUCGCGCCCGUAUAUAUCACAUCCACCUACAUCCCUAAUCACUACUGUAUCGAUAUACAUAGCAUCAUGACGACCGAGACGAAGAUUAGGAUAAGCAUGGUUGGCGCAAGGUCUGUUGUCUGUUGUACGUUGGGAUACUUAAUGGCAUACAAAAAUCUAUUAGGGGG